AUGCCCUCCACACAUUCCAGACACGAGCUCGAUGCCCCUUCUUUCUAUGAAAUAUCCAGAAUCAUGUUGUGGAGACAUCAGGAUUCCAUUCACACUGUCCGUGGAGCAAUCAACGUUGUCCAGAAGACCCGCCAGUGGAGAGGGGCCCGGUUGCUCAUCGGAGACUCCACCCCGGAGAAUCAUUUGUCUGGGGACGGCUUAACUCGGAAACAAAAGCAACAUCGUUCUUUUGUCUCAUAA